UAUAAAUACCAACCAUUCCUGCAAUGGCCGCCACGACUCGUGAAGAAACAACUGCGUGUGAGAGGCUCGGAAGCAAUCCCGCCGUGGAGAAGCUGAACCCCAAGGCUGACAUCAUGUCUCGUGAGCUGGUUGAUUUAACUCCAGGUCAGCUGCGUAAGCUAGCCGAUAUGAUCCAUCGACAAGAAGUGGAGAAACUUCAAGAGCUUAAGUUUCAGUCAUAUGCAGAGCAACAAAAGUAUCUCCAUGACGCCAAAUAUGCCCAUGACAAGGUGUGCAACAUCCUUGAGAGUACGCAAGAAAUGAUAACGCAAACUGAGGCUGAGAGGGACGUCACAAAGCAACAUAUUGCUAAGGAUGUCUAUGACUACUGCACCAAGGCCAUCCAAAUAUCCCUCCAAUUCAUCCGUAGUUACAACACACGUCUCGCCUACCUUGAAAAGCUCAAGAGCCACGGUGAUUAUCUCAUCAAGCAGCUAAAGUGGCUCAAUCCAGCCACGCAACAGAAGGAAGCUCAACGCCUUGCUCUUGAGGCCGGCAUGUACAAGAAAGCUACGCUUGAGAAUGCCAAAAAGUUUCAGCAUUUUGUACCAAAUCAAUUCUCAAAAUUGCUCAAGGAAAACAAGAUCAAGUUUGAGGAUCUCGUGCAAAGUAAUAUUGCUAAGCUUGGUUUUACGGGGCCUUUUAAAAAGUUGGAUGAUAUCAAAAAGCUACAGGUAUAUGAAAAUAUUAUUGCCGAAGCGGGCCAAGGAAAACCCGUGGUGACUUACUCAUUUGAAGCUUUGGGAAAAGUCGGUGUUGCACUUUUGGUUUUUACAGCAGCUGCAAUGGUGUGGGACAUAUACACAGCAGAGGAUAAGCUACAAGCAGCGGUUAGGGAUUCAGUGAAUGCGUUGACUGCUGUAGUUGCCCUUGAGGUCGGAGGUGUUGUUAAUGCUGCUGUAGACGCUGGAUUCGUAGCGCUUGACAUCGAAAUCGCUUCUGCAGUUGUCACUGUAAUUGGAGCAGUCGCCGGGUUCGGAGUUGGUGUGCUCAUUGGGAUUGCUACAAGUGCGCUGCUUGACACUAUUUUUAGUAGUGGAACUAGCAAGGUGAAGGUAACAGACGGGCUUACUGUUUGUCGUGUGGCUCCUAUGCCCGAUGGUCUCCAACUCGCUCGUCUGGUUAAGCAUAACUACCCUGACCUGUAAACUGAGUAUAUGCUACUAUGGUAGUACUACCCGGCUGUUGCUAUCUGCUGCUGCUGCCUACUAAUACUAUAUUGUUGUAUUGAAGGGAUAUAGUAUUUACCCUCCUGAAAUAAUCCCCCCGCGUGGCUCCUAUGCCCGAAGGGAUGUGUAUGUAAUAAGUACAUAAAGUGCAUGUUGUGCCCUCUGAAAAUAAUACCCCCGCGUUGUUGUA